GAAUGAGAAUUAAUUUCUUUAAAUAGAGUUACAAUUGUAAUAACUUUUUUAUUUGAUUGGAUAAGAUUAAUUUUUAUAUCUUUUGUUUUAUUAAUUUCAUCUUUAGUAAUUUAUUAUAGAAAAGAGUAUAUAUCAGGGGAUAUAAAUAUUAAUCGAUUUAUUUUAUUAGUUUUGUUAUUUGUUAGAUCAAUAAUAUUUUUAAUUAUUUCUCCAAAUUUAAUUAGAAUUUUAUUAGGAUGGGAUGGUUUAGGGUUAGUUUCUUAUUUAUUAGUAAUUUAUUUUCAAAAUGUAAAAUCUUAUAAUGCAGGAAUAUUAACUGUUUUAUCAAAUCGUAUUGGAGAUGUUGAUUUAUUAUUAGCAAUUGCUUGAAUGUUAAAUUAUGGAUCUUGAAAUUAUAUUUUUUUAUUAAAAUUUAAUAUUUUAGAUAUAAAUAUAUUAAUUAUUGGGGUAUUAAUUGUGUUAGCUGCAAUAACUAAAAGAGCUCAAAUUCCAUUUUCAGCUUGAUUACCUGCAGCAAUAGCAGCUCCUACUCCUGUAUCAGCUUUGGUGCAUUCAUCAACUCUUGUUACUGCUGGAGUUUAUUUAUUAAUUCGGUUUAAUUUAUUAAUUGGAGACAGAAUUCUAGGACAGUGUUUGUUAUUAAUUUCAGGAUUGACAAUAUUUAUAUCAGGGUUAGGAGCUAAUUUUGAAUUUGAUUUAAAAAAAAUUAUUGCAUUAUCUACUUUAAGUCAAUUGGGAUUAAUAAUACGAAUUUUAUCUAUAGGAUUUUAUAAAUGAGCUUUUUUCCAUUUAUUAACUCAUGCUUUAUUUAAAGCAUUAUUAUUUAUGUAUGCUGGGGCUAU